AUGGCCUCUGUCACACCCGAGGAUGUUGCAGUGCUACCUGUACCUCCGCGUCUGGACGAAGACGCACACCACCUGGCAUGGGAGGACUGGGCGAGAAGAGCCCCAGGACAGAAGCUCACCACGGAGAAGGAGGGAUACGCCCUCAUCAUCGCGGCCGAGGUAGUCCGAAGCGUGGAAAAGGGCCACUUCAAACCAGAAAACUCCCGCAAAGCUUAUGAAGUCAUGGUCCUUACUGCGCACCGUGAGUCCGAUCUCAAUCCGAGGGCCAAAAAUCACAAGAGCUCGGCUACCGGCGUGUUCCAGCAAAUUGAAAGAUUCCAUGAGCGGAGUCCACUCAACCCUCCUAGCGUCCGGAAAGUGCCACUCACGGUUGAGCAGCGCAUGGAUGUGGCGACAGCUGCUGGGUUCUUCCUUAGGCAGCUCGCACAUAGUCAUAACUGGCAUAAGAUGAAGAUACAUGACGCGGCGUACGAGGUGCAGAAGUUCCAUCGCAAGGAUAUGCACCGCUACGCGGAUCCCGAGAUCACCAGGGAGGUUGUCUGCUUGAGUGGUGCUUUGUUUCCCGGGCAAGCAUCAAUGAUCGAUAACGCGGUAUACUCAGAUGAAGAGAGGGUCAAGCUCCGUUGCCCGAAUUCGAGUCGCUCCAGUUGUAAGGUCGGCGGCUGCGAUGAUGACACUCCCGCGGCGUCCGACUGGGUACCGUGUGAGGAGCGAGGGGUGCCAAGACUUCAUAUACCCAUGGACGUUCCGCCUAUAGACCAGACACCAAAGGAUUCCAUGCCAAAGGAUGCACGCGACAAAUGGGAUCGCGCGAUACAGACGGGGAGUACAGGUGUUGUGACUGCGAUUAUGGGAAUGGGAGGAGGGGCGGUUCUGGGUGCGGCCACGUCGGGAGGGGUUACUGUCGUGCCGUCAGGUACGGCCCUAGCUCUUUCAUUCAAUCUACUUCAUCCUGCAGGCCAGGUCGGUGCCUUGAUAGGGCUUGGGGUUGUUGGUACGUGCUGGACAUGGCAUUAUUUUACCAGUAAUGAUUAG